GCAUUGUGUGACGUCAAAAUCAGCUGGCCAAAAUGAAAAACACCAAUUCAUGCACAUUUCGUCAUUCCAUACUUUCUAAUUUCCAGAAAUUUCGCAUUUAUUAGUCAUAGCAAGUACUUAUAUACUUAAAUUUCCAACUUGCCUUAACCACAACAGUCCAAUUGCAGCCGUGAGCGAAGAUGGAGUUCCCCGAUCUUGGUAAACAUUGCUCAGUAUCGACCUGCAAUAAAUUAGACUUUCUGCCUAUUCGGUGCGACGCUUGCAACAAAAUUUUUUGCGACGAGCACUAUCAAUAUUCCAUCCAUAAUUGCACAAACGCCUAUAAGAAGAAUAAUCAGGUUCCCGUUUGCCCGCUGUGUAACAUUCCAAUUCCGAUACAGCGAGGGCAACUGCCAGAUUUAGCCGUAAGCAACCAUAUAGAUAGCGAUUGUCAGUCGGAUCCGGCCAAACAAAAGAGGAAAGUGUUCACAAACAAGUGCUCUUUUAAAUCUUGUAAGACUAAGGAGGUUGUACCGAUCGUUUGUGAUGAGUGCACCUAUAAUUAUUGUUUAAAACAUCGACAUAUGGCCGAUCAUAAUUGCCAAGGCAAAUUGGCGGCGAUGCGAAAGAGAAAUCUGGAGGCAUCUCUUGCACGACAAAAACAAAAUUCCGCAACACCUACAACGUUUACAAAUGUGCAAGGGAAUAUGAGUGACGACGAAGCGCUAGCAAGAGCUCUGGCGCUGUCAAUGCAAGAAACCAGCUUAAAUAGCAAAGUAAAGCAGGAGGAGUUAGAUUUAGCAUUAGCCAGACAACUGCAAGCGACUGAUUCACAAACGGUAGUAGGCGGCUCAAGACAAAAUCGUGAUAGGUGUAAUGUUUCGUAACACACGCCUUACUUUAACACCAAUUUUUAAUUGACAAUUUGAUAGAAAAGUGGUAUUUUCAGAAGUCAAAAACAGGUCACCAUUAAAAUUUAGUUACAUUCUUCUUUUAUUGCUCCCAUCGUGUUAAGGUGGUAGAAAGAGAAGUCACAAUCUAGUAUUUUAUUUAACAACUAAUGUAAACCAUUAAAAAGCUCAUUAACAUUAUAUUAUAGCUUGGCAUUUAAUGCAGCUUGCCUUUGUUUAAAGAUAAUGUGAUCGUUUAAAUAUGUUGUAAUAUAUUCUGGUGCAU